UAGCAGAUGACUCGGACGAUGGGCUGAACGUCUGCGGGUAAAUGUGUACUACAGGGAGUGAAUAACUCGUUUUAGACUUUGUUCUGGGCUCAUUUUCGUCCACAGCCGCUGCAAACUCCGGUCAGACAUGGAGAAAGUUGUUAUUGUAACCGGAGCGAACAGCGGCAUCGGCCUGGCCUUGUGCGAAAGGCUGCUCACUGAGGACAGCCAGCUUCGACUGUGUCUGGCCUGCAGAAACAUGCAGCGGGCCGAGGCCGCCCGCUCUGCCCUCCUGACCUCUCAUAUCGAUGCCCACAUUGACCUGCUGCACCUGGAUGUGGGUUCUGUGCAGUCAGUGCUGAACGCUGCUCAGGAGAUCAAGUCCAGAUACAGCAGGAUUGAUUUUCUGUAUCUAAAUGCAGGAAUUAUGCCCAAUCCACAAGUGGACGUUAGGGCCUUUUUCAAGGGUCUGUUUUCCAGGAAUGUCAUCAACAUGUUUGCGACAGCAGAGGGUCUCCUCACUCAGCAGGACCGCCUCAACUCAGACGGCCUGCAGGAAGUUUUUGCCACAAACCUCUUUGGUCAUUUUCUCCUGAUCAGGGAGUUGGAGCCUCUGCUGUGUCAGUCGGGUCACACCACCAGAGUAGUGUGGACCUCCUCCAGUAACGCCCGCCGCUCUGCCUUCAGCAUCGAUGACAUUCAGCACAGAAAUGGGACGGAGCCCUACAGCUCCUCUAAAUAUGCUUCAGAUAUGAUCAGCGUGGCCCUCAACAGGCACAAGAACAGCCAGGGGCUGUUCUCCUCUGUAAUAUGUCCUGGACUGGUGAUGACCAAUCUGACCUAUGGUAUCCUCCCCUCAUUCUUUUGGACUCUCAUCAUGCCCAUCAUGUGGCUGAUUCGGAUUUUCACUAACACUUUCACACUUACACCCUACAACGGGGCAGAGGCACUGCACUGGCUGUUUCUUCAAAAGCCAGAAUCUCUGGAUCCAAGAGCAAAGUAUCACAGUUUAACAUCAGGACUUGGAACUAAUUACACCCAGCCUCGCCAAAUGGACAUUGAUGGUGAAAUGUCCGAGGUUCUUUUUUCCAAACUCCUGGAACUAGAGAAAGUAGUAAGAAGGAAACUGAAUGAGAGAAAUUCUGAGGAUAAAGCUCACCAGCAGUACCUGAGAGACAUAGAGUAGCGAGUCUCUCUUGAAAUGGACUAAAUGCAAUUUGAACCAGCAUUACUGCUCUUAUUCAUUACAUUCCUAUUGGACCAUUAAAUGGUGUGUGUUUUAUUGAAAUGUAACAACCGUACUUCAGCUGCCUCGGUCAAGAUCACAACUUGGAUUUAUGUAAGUGACUUUUGGAUAAAUGUGUAUGUUGACAAAUGAAACCACUUGGUAACACUGCUCAUGUAAGAAGUAGCAGCAUGUCAAAGUACAACUAUUUGUUAGAGAAGGAUUUAUUUUUUCCCACAUUCCACAUAAGUGACUUAUCUUAUUUAAAGAGCCCAUCUUAUCCACAUCUACAGCUUCAUAAUUAUGUUUUUGUGGUCUGCUAGAAGAUGUUUACAUGCUUUAAUGUUCAAAAAACACAUUAUUUUUCUCAGACUGCACAUUAGUGCAGCAACUUUUCUCUGCCUCUGUCUGAAACUUUCCAUUUUAGCCCCUGUUGCUCUAAGGAUCCCUUCCCAUGAAGCCCCGUCUGCUCUGAUUGGUCAGCUGACCCAACCAAGCAAAUCAACACUGAUCUGAUCUGUAUGGAAACACCAGAUCUGAUGGGAUGUAUGCCUAGCAGAAGUAGCUCUACUUAGGAAGCUGCUCAUUCUUUAAGGACCAAACUAGCCGCUAGGUUUUAUGCAAAUGUGUUACAUGAUGACAUAAUCAAGUAACAGAAGAAAAGCGUGGACUUCAAAUGAGGUAUUUCAGGUAGAUAAGGAAAUGGCCUCUCUCUGGUGUGGACCUUUGGCUUUAUAAGUUCGCAGACCUUUUACAUGCACAAAAAGCUUUAACACACUACGGGAGGGAAAAGCCUAAAAGGCAUCAUAUGGGCUCUUUAAAUAUACUAUUGCUCCUGCUAUUGUACUUUUUACACAACUUUUCAUUCAUUUGUUCAGCUCACAGCACAAACAUACAGAUUUUUACAUCUGUCAUUUACCAAAGAGGCGACGUAUUCAUUCUUGCACAUGGUUUAUAUAAAAUAACACUAUAUAUUUUUAAUUCAAAGUAAAUAUCAAAUGGGAAUAAUCACAAAUUGGCUCUAAUAUUCACACAACUCCAAACUUAUUUCUGUGGAUUGCAACUUUUAUAUUCUGCAGUCAUCUUGUUCUUAGCAUGACACUGAUGUCAAAGUCGUGCAGAAAACACAAUCCUUAACUCUUCUUUGAAAAGGGAACUGUGUAUUAUGUGCUCAGUGCUUCUGUUAGCAGCGCUAUAAAGACUUGAAUUCCAAUCAUAACAUCCACUUGGCCUUCAUCACACUUGGAUCUGAUUUGAAUAACUAAAUACCUGAGUGGGAGUAAAAGGCCUUUUGUGAUGAGUUAUUUUAUCUUCUCUACAAAUCUAUUCACAUUGCUUAAUGUGCCGUUUUCAUAUUUUAGUAUAAUAUUGAAAAAAUGCAUUUUAUUUCUUGAAAGUUGGUGCAAAAAAUAAAACUACAUUUGUCUCAUGA